AUGGAGGCGUGCUGCUCCAGGUUCACGGCGGCGGAAGGUGGCGCCAGGUUGGCUGCUGCCGCCGCCACCAGGAACCUCAUCAUCACCGAACACACCAACUUUAUCCCCACUUACCUGCUCGUGGAGUACGCGCAAACAAUUAGAGGAGGGCUAUCUGAUGGGUACCAACGUUCGGUGUACAUCACCAGGGAGUCCAAAGUAGAUUGCGUAGCGCAUGAGCUUACGAUACUUACUGACCUGAUGGUUGUGGGUGUGAAGGUGGUCGAUGAUGUACUGGAUUGGAGGCAGGUGCUGGAGUCUACGCAGGUUAUGGUGACCACGUCAGAAGUUUUGACGCGAAUUCUACAAAAGGACUUCCUGAACAUGUCGAAUAUUAACGUUCUUAUUAUUGAUAGCUGUCAUCUGGUGUUCAGAGAUAUCAACUUACAAUAUAUAAUGGAUCUAUAUAAAGACUGUGAUACAGAUAAAAGACCUAGAAUCUUAGCAAUGACUUAUCCAUUAUUCCAAUCAGUAAAAGAAAACGAAAUCAAUAAAAAGGAUGAUGACAUUAAUUACUCUGAUAAUAAUACAAUAUCAGAUGACGAUGUCAAAGAUACUGACGCUGAGAAAGAAAAUACUGAUGAUAUAAAUAAUAUUGGAACAGAUAACAGUGUAGAAAAUAAUGACGAUAGUGAUGUAAGACAAGAAUCCGACCUGACUGUUUCAAACUUAGUUGACAAUAAGUGUUGCUCAAGUAAAAUUAUUAGUGAAAGUAAUGAUGUCUUAGAUAUUAAUGACGACAUGAAUGAAAAUAAUGAAAAGAUUGUAGUUGUAAGAGAAAAUAAGACAGGUGCGUAUAUCAAUUUAGAUGAUUUUGAUAUGUAUGAGAAACUUGAGUGGAAAAUUGAGGAAAUGGAGAAGAUGUUGUGCUGUCAAAUGGAUCUUGCUGAGGAUAUCGAUGGUGGCAAGAGAUUAUCACCGUCCGUCGCAAAACCAAAGGAGGUUAUAAUAGAGUUCAAUUCACAAAUACCCGCACAUUUGGUGACAGAUGCGUACAAAGAGCUUGACAGCUUCAUGAGGAGCACAAUCUACGACGCUGUUGACUUUUUAACUGAGCACAGAUAUGACCCGACAGAGAUAUACGGGGAUGAGUUAUAUGAGGAGUUUAUGAAUAUACCGGACCCCACCAUCGACCCGAAGACAAUUUUCAACCUAUUCUUAUAUGUGUUAGAUGAGCUUGGUCCCUACCCUGCCGAUAAAGCAGCAUUUUCUCUUCUCACCAAAUUAGAGAAGCUCAAAAUUAAAGUGCCUUAUGAACGUCACUUUCUACUUCUUUGCCUUUGCACUUCAGUAUUUGUCAAAAUUCGCUGCUACGCCGAUUUGAUAUUUUCAAGAUACGAAUCUGAUUGGGAAAAACUGUCCUUAUUCUCUACGCCAAAAGUUCUUAGAUUCGCUGAAGUUCUGGAGCAAUUUCAGCCUGAGUCUCAAAAUGACACAGCAGAAGUUAAUGACAACGCAGCGGCAGUGCAAAAAAAUAAUGAUAAAAUUGAGGCUGAUGCUAAUGGUACAACAAUAAAUGAAAAAACUCAAAACGAUGAAGAAAAACCUAGUGACAAUAACAAACAACAAAAUAUUGACAAUCCUAAUAAAAAUGAUAAAGUAAAUAAUUGCGACAAAACUCAAAUAGAAAUAGAAGACAUUAAUAAGAAAUCUGUUGAAGGUAAUGAUGAUAAAAUAAUAGAUUGUAACAAAACUAUUGAUAUCAAUAGUGAAUUACAAAAAUGUAAGGAGAAUGUUGAUAAGAAUACUAAACUAGUACGUUCAAAAACAUCAGAAUUGUUGACUGAGUUAAAUGCUUGUGAUUUUGCGUCACUAGGUGAUAAAUUAGAGGACAAAGUUAACAUUAUUGAGAUGAACCUUAAAAAUAUUGAUGAAUAUGAUGAUAUUUGUGAAAAUAUACAUAACCUUAAGAAUACCACGGAGAAUGAAAUAAAUAAGGACACUUUUGGUGAUGUAGAAUCCGUAAAUGCUGCAGAUAAGUCUCCAAAUUCUAAUCUCAAAGAAAAUGAUAGACGUGAAUGUAGUAUACACACAGACUGUAACAAAGAUACUGGGUUAGAUGUUGAGUGUAAAAAUGAUAGUGCUUUAGUAACGGAUAGUGUAAAAGAUACUGCUUUGAAUACUAAGUGUGUAAGUGAAAGUGAUACAUCAAAAGGUUUAAAAAAAUGCAGAGCUAGAGGGAGAGGCAGGCCGAGGCAUAACAUGAGACUGCAGCAACAGAACAUGGAUUCCUUGUGCGGAAUUGUGUUUAUAAAGGAACCGUUGAUGGCCAAGAUUCUGUUCAUGCUUGUUGUGGUGAGUUGUACAGAAUUUACUAAAUUUUUAAUAUCUUAAUAUAUAUAAAUUACGUGACACGUUGUUUGUCCGCGAUGGACUCCUAAACUAAUGAACGGACUUA